AAAGUGACUGAGGGUGGAAAAGCUGCGGGGUCUCCGGGUUCUUUACCUCUUGGAUUGCUGGACCAGUGUGAUGGUGCUGCUCCUUCAGCAGAGCGGAGCCUCUGCGCUCCAAGCUGCGCUUUUUCUCCUCAUCCAUCUGCUGGAGCCAAGCGGGCUGCGCGCCUUUAACCUGGACACCAGUCAUGUCAUCAGGAGACACGGGGAGCCGGGGACACUCUUCGGCUUUUCUCUCGCUUUCCACCAGCAAAUCAACCCCAAUAAAGUUCUGUUGUUGAUCGGUUCCCCCAGAGCCAGAGCUUUAAAAAACCAAAAGUCCAAUAUUACUGGAGGCCUUUUCAAAUGUGAUGUCAGCAAGUCCAAAAACUGUGAACGUGUCGAAUUCGAUAACGAUGAGGACCCAGCACAAGAGAUUAAAGAAGACCAAUGGAUGGGUGUGUCUGUGCAGAGUCAGGGACCUGGGGGAAAGGUUGUGACAUGUGCUCACCGAUAUCAAAAGCGCCUCGCAGGAUCCCAUUCUGUCCUAGGGCGAUGUUACUUUUUUAGUCAGGAUUUGACCAUUAACAAGUCCGCUGAUAUGGACGGUGGUGACUGGAAAAUCUGUGAGGGCAGGGGACGACCUGACCAUACAUCCCUUGGAGUCUGUCAGCAGGGUGUGGAAACCACCUUCACCAAUGACUACCAUUAUGUGGUGUUUGGAGCCCCAGGAGCUUACAACUGGAAAGGGAUCGUGCAAGUGGCGCAACAAAACAUGACUCUGAUUGAGAGGGAGAUAUAUAAUGAUGGCCCAUAUGAGACUAAGGAAAAUAUAAAUAUAUCAGCCAACAGCUACCUUGGGUUCUCUCUGGACACGGGUCACCACAUCAUGAAGAGCCGCAACCUGACUGUGGUGGCUGGAGCACCGAGAGCGUUGCACAAAGGAAUAGUAGCCCUGAUGAAGAAGGACGCUUCACAACUUGUGGUUGAGCAGGUUCUGUAUGGUCCUGGACUGGGGUCGUCAUUUGGAUACGAUGUGGCUGUGGUCGACCUGAAUGGUGACGGAUGGCAGGACAUUGUCGUGGGAGCCCCUCACUUCUACAUGAAGAGCAAAGACAUUGGUGGAGCUGUUUAUGUUUAUAUAAACAAAGCAGGACACUGGGACAAUGUCACUCCAACCCGCCUAGAUGGAACCAAGGAUUCAAUGUUCGGGCUGGCAGUGGAAAACAUUGGAGACGUAAAUAAGGACUCAUUUAAUGAUUUUGCAGCCGGAGCUCCACAGGAUGAUGAGGGGGCAGGAAAAGUCUACGUUUAUCAUGGAUCUGCACAAGGAAUUAAAACGAGCCCUGCACAGAUUCUCUCAGGUAAAGAGCACCGCAUGCAAUUCUUUGGAUUUUCCCUGGCAGGAAACAUGGACCUGGAUGGUAACUUAUAUCCAGACCUGGCUGUAGGAUCUCUGUCAGAUUCAGCUUUAAUUUACAGAGCAAGGCCGGUUGUGAAAAUUAUGAAAAAUGUUACAGUAUCUCCAGAGGAAAUUGACCCGCGUUUUGUUUGUAAAAACAAUGUCUGCUUCACUGUGAGUGUAUGCUUCAGCUACAAAACUCCUACAUCCUACAACCAGCGGCUCAGUAUCCGUUAUUCUAUAGAUUUAGAUGUAGAUCGCAGGAAACAAGGACUGAACUCCAGAGCGAUAUUUUUGAAAAAGUCUCAUAGUGAAUCAGACAUCCAGUUCACUGACACGUUAGAGCUCAGGGGUCGAGGGAAAAAAAGCUGUACCUUCCUAAAUGUCACGCUAAAGGACAAUAUUAAAGACAAGAUGCGCGACAUUGUCAUCGAAGCUUCUGCAGAACUUGAUCAAGUAGAACAAAGUAAAUUACAAAAUGACCUUCCUGACUUAAAGCCAAUUAUAGACGCCACCCAGCCAAGCAAAGCUGUUGCAAAGGUAAUCUUUGUGAAGCAGGGAUGUAAAUCUAAUAUUUGUAAAAGCAACCUGAAAAUGGACUACAGUCUGCACUUCAAAGAAAUCAACCAGGAUCGUUACUUCCCACUAAAAAAAAGUCCACAGAAUGUCCUUGAGUUCGUCCGGUCAUACGAGAAGAAGGACUUGGCCUUGGAGGUGACUGUGACUAAUAAAAAGGCUGACGACGCCUACGAGGCAAAGCUCAUGGCAAAGUUCCCAGACUCCCUGUCCUACUCUGGUGUUCGAGUUACAACUCCAAACAAGCAUAUCAUCUGUGUUGCCAACCAUAAUGGAUCUGAAGCCGAGUGUGAGCUGGGAAACCCAUUUAAGACAAACUCAAAGGUGACCUUCCACAUCAUCAUCGGUACAACGCGUCUAACUCUCGACACCACUGAGAUUGAGAUUGACCUGCAGCUCCAAACGACCAGUUUUCAAGAUAUCCCACCUGUAAAAGUUAGGUGUAAAGUGAUAACUGAAUUCCCUUUGACACUGAGUGGUGAAGCCAAACCCGAUCAGAUUUCCUUUGGAGGUGCUGUAAAAGCAGAAACUGCAAUGAAAAGAGAAGAAGACAUUGGGAGCUUGGUUAACUUUACCUUUAGGAUUACCAACUUGUGGAGUUCCUUAGUCCCUCCUUGGAGUGCUUCUCUACACAUCCAAUGGCCCAAAAACAAUAAAGAUGGGAAAUGGCUUCUUUACCUGGUGAAGGUCACAUCCUAUGGACCUGAGAACAUCAUCUGCUCUCCUGAUUCUGAAAUCCACCCCCUUAAACACGUCUGGGCGAGCUCUCGUUCUCGGGAAAAACGGGACAUUGCUGAGAAUGAAAAAGCAGUUGGUCGCAAAAUGGCUUUGCUUUCAAGAAAUAGCAAAGUUUUGUCCUGUGAAAGGGAAAACAAAUGUGUGGUGCUAAAGUGCCCCCUGCAGGGGAUUGAUGGUGCUACUGUUCAACUGAGAUCCCGUUUGUGGAACUCCACCUUUAUUGAGGACUAUGCUUCUUUUCCAACCACAGUUUUAGAAGUGAAAGCUUCAUUUGUGCUUAACUCUGAGAGUCAGAACAUUAUCCUGAGGUCUCCUACCCACACUGUCAGGGUCCUUGUGUCGCCGGACAGCGACGUGGCUCAGUUCGGGGUUCCCUGGUGGAUCAUUCUGAUAGCGGUUCUGGCAGGGAUCUUGAUUUUAGCCUUGAUGGUGUUUUUAUUAUGGAAGUGCGGUUUCUUCAAGAGACCAACUUUAGAACAAUACAAUGCUGCGUAUCAGAAGGCAGAGAUCCACCUUCAGGCCUCUGAAAAAGAAAAACUCACUGAUGAGGCCUGAUUCUCUCUCUGAUCAGCGGUGUGGGUUCUUCAAACGCUCCAAACAUGACGACAGCGUACCUCGCUACCACGCAGUGCGGAUAAAAAAGGAAACUCCAGGUUAUGACGAUGGAAAAUCUGAAGUGGAUGCUUUUGAAAAGAAGCAGUGGGUGACGACAUGGGUUGACAAUCAUGAUUAUUAGUUUUUAUUUCUUUACCUGGGAUUCUGUAAAUAAUGAUGAAUUUGAGCCACUGAUGUAUAAUGUGCUUUUUAAAAAUUAAGGUUCAAGACAAUAGAUUUACAUGCUGUAUUAUUUUUUUCAAUAUUGUAUAUAUUUAAAUGUUUCUGCACAUUUUAUAUUUAUUUUUUUUAUAUGAAAGCAGCCUUGCAAUCAAAGCUUUGUGGAACAAGUUUACUGCUGUUUCUGGAGUUGUACUGUCCUUAUGUGAGGAGAAGGUACAGCUAGCUCACUUUCUCCAACUUGGAUUUUUUAACUGUAUAAGUUUAGUUUGGGACUGUUUCGACACAAGUUGUUCCUUUUCUAAAACAUCUAAGGUACAGUAUCAGGUUAAGAAUAUAAAUAAUAUAAGCAUGGUUUAUGUAACUGGGCCUCACACUGUUGAGAUGUUCAGGUAACAUCCACUGGACCGUAGAUCAUCACUGAGGCGUUUCUUUUUGUUUCACGCGAGGAAUGCAAAAGGAAGAUGUAAAAAGUCAAACAAUGUAAAUUUUUGUUUGUCGAAUGAACAAAAAACUAAAAUAAAAACAAAGAUUUUUUUU